AUGUCUGGCCAUGCAAGGCUCUCAGGAACCGUGCUGGGAUUGGUGACAGCGCCAACCAGACCUCAUCCCGAGGAGACUGUGUGUAGUUGCGCGCUCCUGAGCUGCGGUAUUACCGUCAUAGGAGAAUUGAGUAGCUUGGCGCUUGUUUCUCAUCGGGAUGGGCCAAACUUGGUGCUCAACGGGGUCGCGAUGAUAUAUACACCGUUAUGUUGUCCAAUGGCCAGAUUAAACCCAACCACAAGUGAAGUAUUCUUCUUAUGGAAUGAAACCGUCGAGGUUAAAAAGCCCAACAAGGUACUGGCCAACGGACAUUCCCCCAACGUUUGA